CAACCCAAUGAUGGGUCAGCGUGACAGUGAUUUAGGCCAGUUGCCUAAUCCAGUCCGCUCAGAGGUUGCUGAAACGCCCUUUAAAUGUGACCAGCUAUUGGGUGUCGAUCACGCGUCAAGACAGUUCACACCACAACCCAAAAAAAGCUUGCCUCAUGAAUCCCUUCAUACCCACCUCUGCAUUUGACCCCAACCACCUGAAAGGAUCCACUCUUAUCUUGCCAAGUGUCUCCAUCGGCAAUGUUCCGCAGUUGGCGUGUGAUUUGUUUAUCCAUACUAUAAAAUUAGAGCGCGUAGGAUUCAUUGAGGACAAUGCCGUUAUGCCAAUGGUGGGCGCUCGAGAGGGAACAGACGCUACCGGUGUUUCGGUCUCGGUUGAAGUUUACCAAUCGUCAUGUCGCCAGUGGACAGUUGUACAGCAACGUGCUCCUGCCUUCAAGGGAAAACGACGACAAUACAUCGAUCAUUUAGCUACAUUUAUUCAGCAAGCAGAAUUUUCCAAUGUUGUACUUUUGACAAGUGCUGAUGCUGCUCGACGCAUGGAUUCACAAAUCAACGGACCUCCUUUCCGAGUGCAAGGAUCCGCAACCAAUACAUUUGCUCAACGUGCAUUCGAUCUGGGCGUCCAGGAAUUGGAAAAAAUAGACAUCAAUGACACCGCAAUGGAUCAAAACGCAAAUGCUCUUCCAGGCACAAAGUUCGCUCAGCAGCUGUUCCAAAAGUUGCAGGAGCUGAGCAUUCCAACUACGCUUUUCAUUAUGUUUGCGCUUGAAGGCGAUAACGUAAACGAUGGUGUGGCGUUUGCAAAUUUGAUCAAUGCCGUAUUGCAACUAAAACCAGCUUCAGCUUCAGCGGCAUGGACUCCUCCCAAGAGCUGGGAGUUUCUGUUUGGAACUCCCUUUAACGCUGGACUUUACCAGUAAACAAAUAAAUAGUAGCGAUGGAUACGCGAUUCCCGGAAAUCAUUUCUCUUCAAACAAACUUGCUUUUUUCUUUAAUGCACGUGAAAAAGCUUAAAUGCAUACGCAAUUCUAAAAUUUCAAAGCAGGGUGGAUGAACUUGUGCUAAAUACCGAUCGGUUAUCAGAAAGAGAUCCUUUUU